GAAAAAACUUGACUAACUGUUGAUCUUUACCAUAAUAUGAUUUCACUCGGUUGCUGCUAUCUUGAAAAUAUUAACAAUAAUUUCAAUUUCUUUACAAUUGCCAAUUGGCUGAUUCCAAUUUGCUUGAUCUUUUGCUCUGAUCUUCGCGACUUUUUUGUCUAGAAGAAUUUUUCUCGACAGGAAAUCGACAUAUAAAACAGCAAGCAGGUGAUGAAAGAGUAUUUAAAAAUAUCGAGUAUCUUGAGCAUAGUCACUGGCAUAGUGUUUAUAAAGUUGAAUUGAAUUGUUAUUUGAGUAUGAUCAAAACACUUCAUAGUGUAUUUUGAUUAUGAAAAGAACAAGUCGAAAAGAAGGUCGAUAAUGGCAGAGUACAUAAAUCAGCCAGAACUGUGUAAAAGAUUAAUCGAUUACGUUGUGGUAGUUGGCGUGAGAAAUCCUACAUUAGGUUUGACGGAAACUCCCGAAACUUUGAGAAAGUUUCCCAAGGAUGAUUACAACGACUUUCAUUUUCCUCCCGACGUCGUUUUCUUCUGUCAGCCUGAAGGAUCGUGUACAGCAGCAAAGAAAAUCUCUCUUCGUCAAGCGACAACAUUUGUUUUUACUCUGACGGAAAAAGAUUCGGGGAAGACACGCUAUGGAGUUGCGAUGAACUUCUACCGUCCUUGCUACGGUUCGUUUUCGAAAGAAAACAAAGAAACAAACGGAAGAGAUGACGGCUAUAACGAGAGUAAAGAAAUGAAGCAAAAAAACACGACAAAAUGUGUGUCUUUGACAUCACUAUGUAUAAUCACUCAUCAUCCUAUAUUCUCAUCAUUUCGUGAAUGUCUUUAUGUACUUCGACGUAUGAUCGAGUCGAGAGGCAGUUCUUCUUCGAAAGAUUUGAAUUCGAGUCAAUCAUCUCAUGCAUUUGAUUCGUGGUCUUUAUUCUUAUGUAAUGAAGAUCCAAAGUUGAGUCCAUUACAAGAAGAAAUGAGAGAGAUUGAAUCAUGGAUAAGGCGAUUGUUGUUAACUCCGGUGCCCAUCCCUGGAAGGACUGAAGUUGAACUAGAGCUUGUUCCUCCAGACUUGCAUCCUCCAAUCUGUUUUGCAUUCCCUGAUGCAAAGAGGUUUUCUCUUGUUGACUUCCCAAUUCAUCUACCUUUAGAGCUUCUUGGUGUCGACACAUUUCUGAAAGUGCUCACAUGUAUACUAUUGGAACAAAAGGUUGUUUUUCAAUCAAGAGAUUAUAAUGCGCUGACAAUGACAAUAAUGGCCAUGUCAUCUUUAUUAUAUCCUCUGGAAUACAUGUUUCCCAUCAUUCCUUUACUUCCUAGUUGUAUGAAUAAUGCAGAACAGCUUCUUUUGGCUCCUACACCUUACAUUAUUGGAGUUCCAGCAAGUUUCUUCAAAUAUAAAACCAAAGAUUUCCACAAUCCAUGUGAUCUUUGGAUUGUUGAUCUUGAUUCAAACAAGAUCACUGUUCCAUUUCAAGCAGAUGAACUACCAGAUUUACCUCAGCCUGAAGCGAGUAUUCUGAAAGGAAAUCUUAGAAGAGCCAUUGCCUCGCUAUCAGUACCACCACAGACAAUACCUAACCUAGAUAGUCAAUUGUCGAUGAGUAACAGUUGGUCGGAACAAUUAUGGAAUAAAAUCCCGCUUGGUUUGAACAGUAAUCAUAUUGUCUAUGGCAAUGAUGUCGAUGCUGUUGAUAUAGCGGUCAGAGUUGCGAUGACGUCAUUCUUUUUGGCUCAAAAUGUCCUCGGCAAACUUCAGGAACAUACUAGAACAUUACGACUUUUUCCGAGACCUGUUGUUGCCGUUCAGAGAGAUGCAUUCUUGUUGUCGCUACCAAGCGUCUCGAAAUUUGUGAUGAAACUUGUUGAGACACAGAAUGUUGAAUACCUUGCCGAAUGGUUAGUUUAUCCAACGAAUAUUGUCUACACAAGAAUACAAAUGGGUAUAACUGACCCACAUUUAGUUGGCGAUAAACCACGUUGGUACAACUAUAAACUGGAUAAAUUAAACUUCAAAGCCUAUGAUCCUGAAUCCACGUUAUGCGAUGCGCAAUGGAGUAAUUAUGAAAUGGAUUUACUCCACGAUAUGUAUGAAAGUGAUGAUUCCGAUAGACUAAGAUCGUGUAGUAUUGAAGAUGACGACAGUAGUAGUUGUUAUUCAUCCGUCAGCGAUACCGUAGCGGAAAUGUUUCGUGGGGAUAUUCAUGGCGAAACCCCCUCGGGAUCAUUGAAACCACCGUUUACCCCUCCAGAUGCAGAUUCUCCAACCCCUAACUGCAUGGCAAAUCUUCAAGACGUUACUAACACCUUGAUUAAUGAAACUAAAGUUCUUGAAAAACAAUCAUCAUUUGAGGAGGAUGAGGACUGUAAUGAUGACGAGAUAUAUUCCGUUUCUAACCCACCUUCUCCUCAAAACAAUCGUCGUCAAUCGUUGGAAUCAAGUGACGUAAGCGAUCCAGCUGCGAACUCUGACAUGUCUGCACAAACUAAAUCUGAUGUGAAUGAUGUGAAUGACGGUCGAUCUGAUCGUGAAAGUGUCAAUCAUUGCAAUGACAAGACAUUACAAACUCAAUGUAAAACUGGCAAAAUGGACGCGAAACUUGCGAGUUUACAGGCUAAUUCAUUAUUCAAACCUGUCAGCUGUGAAAAUAUAACAGGGGAAGAUCAACAGUUUCUUUAUGACGUCGUGAAUUCGGUGCUCAACGCCAACGGUGUUGGAAUGUUCAAGAAGAAACGUUUACGAGGUUUGAUGAUUAAGGAGUUGUGUCGACAAAAAGUCGUCAAUUGUUUCCUCCGAGAGAUCUCUGAUAAAACGAAAUCCGACAUAGUUUCUGACAAGUGUAUAAACAAGAAUGUGUUAAGAGGAAUGUUGGACGUUUUGCAAGGAGUUGUAUACGGCUUGGAAAUCAGUUUAUCGAAUUUUGGACUGGGUGGAGUGACGUCAGCAUAUCAUUUUCUCCGACUUGCUCACACGCAUUAUUAUGGUCGUGAAAUUAAAAAUUUCAACGCGGCACAAGAGGAAACUUUACGGAUAUCACCAACAGAAAGUCUUUCAAACCUAUCGGAUAUCUCCGAUGCAACUGUUUCAGCCAAUGGCAGUGGAGAUCGAUCAACGCUGGUAAUUAGCGACAGCGAACAGGACAGCGGUCAUUGUGAUGCCAGUGAGGCUUCCGCAGCAGAUAUUGACGCAAACAAAGCCUCGAAAAUACGGGGAAGGAACGAAGAAAGAUUUUUUCAGCGUUUGCAACUAUUACGUACACAAAGUGACUUCACUGGAGUGAAUAUUCCAUCAGACACUGAACACAGAAUGUUAGAUCGAAAAUAUUCAAAUAUUGAGACACAGCUAUUACGUGCGGGUAGCAACGAAGAUAGUUUCUCUAUGGAGAGAGUACGAUCUCCUUCCGGAAGUCCGCGAAUUGCUCAUAUGCGAAUGUCACCGAACUACAACCCCAUACGAGCGGUCCCAUGUUUACCUAACAUUGAUUUACUUGAAAGGAAAAGCGAUCUCAGUAAGGGUUAUAGGUAUUUGAACAGUGAGCUCAUCGACGUAAGUGACGAAAGCACCGGAAACACGGGAAGGAAAUAUUUGUUUCAGGGUUUGCUGGGGGAAAGAUCGACGUUGUGGGAUAACAUGGACUUUUGGGAACAUUUGUUUAUGGACACUGUGAAUGCGGAACGCGAUGCCUUGGGAAUGAAUCAAGAUCAUGGCGAAAUGAUUGAAAGAUAUCGAUCUCUGGGCAAACUGGAACAGAAGCGUUUGGAAGAAGACGAGGAUAAAGUCCUGGGAACGACUUUGUAUAACAUCGUUGCGUUCAUGAUUCAACUUGACGUAAACAAAAGUGAUAUUAAGAAGAAAGUUCGUCGAAUCAUCGGUAAAGCUCAUAUCGGAAUGACGCAAAGCCAGUUAAUUGGACAGCUUUUGUCAAAAUUAAAUUACUUGCGAGGUAAUGACAUUGAUUUAAUAGAGGAUUGCAGUCGUUUAAUGACGAAGAAAACAUUUGUUGUCCAUUGUGGUGGUGAUCUUGUUGGAGACGUUUAUUUUAUGGAAGUUUACGAUGAUUGUAUUUUGUUGCGAGCACCAUGCGGAACCAUUAUCGAGCGAUGGUGGUAUGAGAAACUCGUCAAUAUUACGUACUCGCCCAAGACAAAGAUGUUAUGUCUGUGGUAUAGACAGGGACAAGAUACUCAACUAAACAAAUUUUGCACUAGAAAGUGCCGAGCUUUGUAUUUUUGUAUAAAAGCUACGAUGCAGAAGGCUGCUGAAAGAUUGCGGGGCUUAAAAUCAGGUCCUCAACUUGGAGGAAAGUUCCCUGCACAGGACGUUGAAAGUGGUCAAGUCGGUAUUCUCGAAGUUUCUUUGGAUGGAAUUACUGUUAAAUUUAAAGAUAAACAGAUCCACCUUCAUCUGAAUCGCAUCAAAAACUGCUCCACUCAACGAGGAAUUCUUGUCAUUGAUGAAUUUGAUCCCAUAACCCAAGAAGAAAUCCAGCACAAAUUCAAAUCAACCAUGGCAAGCGAUGUCUGUUAUGCUGUUCUCUGUCUUUUCUCGUAUGCUGCCGCAUCGAGAGGUUUACAAGUUCGUUCAUGACCGAAAAGUAUUCAUCAACUUACAUCUUCAUACCCAAUUCAACCUAAUCAUACGUAGCUAGUUAACAAAAAAGACCAUAUUUAUAAUGUAGAUAAUGUAAGCUAUCUAGAUUUUAUUGUUCUUAGUAGUUAUUGUUUGUUAAAUGUCCACGUGUUUCGAGCAUGUAUACGUAAAUACAAAUCACGUGAUGGCUUUUCUUGUGUCAAACCCCUCUGUAGUCACUGUAGUAGUGUUGCAGCAUCUGUCGAACUUAUUUUUGAACUUCUGAUCUCUGCGUUUAAUGUUAUUUUUGGCAUUAAAUUCAAAAAAAUGUAAAAUCACUUCCAGCAUCUUUGGUUUUUUUAGUUGUUCGUGGGUUUUUUGUAAAACAGGAGAGCGAACUUUAAAUCGUACAUUGAAACAAUUUAACUUUCUAUCGAUUAAAAGCAAGGUAGUUUUGCAUAAAUGCGCUAAAAUAUACUCUCCACAAAGUACAAUGUACGUGGGAAAGAUAAAUAGUAAAGUAAAUCAUUUCUUCUGGAA